GCCCCUCCUUGCUUGCAGGUCACCCCCACUGAGCAAGGCAUGAGAGUUGUUACUCAGCUGGUGGCCAACUACCCCCAGGGAUUUGUGACCUGGCUGGGCCCAGUCAUACCCCUUGUCAAUCUCUGCCACCCCGACAUGGUCCGGACUGUCCUCAGCGCCUCAGCUGCCAUCGCGCCUAAGGACAUGGUCUUCUACAGUUUCCUGAAGCCCUGGCUGGGGGAUGGGCUCCUGCUGAGUGGUGGUGACAAGUGGAGCAGGCACCGCCGCAUGCUGACACCCGCCUUCCACUUCAACAUCCUGAAGUCCUACGUGAGGAUUUUCAAUGACAGUGUGAACAUCAUGCAUGCCAAGUGGAAGCGCCUGGCCUCGGAGGGCAGUGCCCAUCUGGACAUGUUUGAGCACAUCAGCCUCAUGACCCUCGACAGUCUGCAGAAAUGUGUCUUCAGUUUCAACAGCGAUUGCCAGGAGAAGCCUAGUGAAUACAUUUCUGCUGUCUUGGAGCUCAGUGCCCUUGUGACAAAGCGGAAUGAGCAGAUCUUCCUGUACAUGGACUCCCUGUACCACCUCACCUCUGAGGGACAGCGCUUCCGUAGGGUCUGCCGCCUGGUGCACGACUUCACAGAUUCCAUCAUCCAGGAGCGCCGCCGCACCCUCCCUGAUCAGGGUCUUGAUGACCUCCUCAAGGCUAAGGCUAAGGUCAAGACUUUGGACUUCAUCGAUGUGCUCCUGCUGGCUAAGGAUGAAGAUGGGAAGGAACUGUCAGAUGAGGACAUCCGAGCUGAAGCUGACACCUUUAUGUUUGGGGGACAUGACACCACAGCCAGCGGCCUCUCCUGGGUCCUGUACAACCUCGCGAGGCACCCAGAGCACCAGCAGCGCUGCCGGCAGGAGGUGCGAGACCACCUAAGGGACCGCGAGCCUAAAGAGAUUGAGUGGGACGACCUGGCCCAGUUGCCCUUCCUGACCAUGUGCAUCAAGGAGAGUCUGCGGUUGCAUCCCCCCGCCGUGGGCAUUUCCCGACGCUGCACCCAGGACAUUGUGCUCCCAGAUGGCCGGGUCAUCCCCAAAGGUAUUAUCUGUGUCAUCAGUAUUUUCGGGACCCACCACAACCCAUCCGUGUGGCCAAAUCCUGAGGUCUAUGAUCCCUUUCGCUUCGACCCAGAAAACACCAAGGAGCGGUCACCUCUGGCUUUUAUUCCCUUCUCAGCGGGGCCCAGGAACUGCAUCGGGCAGACGUUCGCCAUGACGGAGAUGAAGGUGGUCCUGGCGCUCACGCUGCUGAGCUUCCGCGUCCUGCCGGCCGGGGAGGAGCCGCGCCGGAAGCCGGAGCUGAUCCUGCGUGCCGAGGGCGGACUGUGGCUGCGGGUGGAGCCGCUGAGCGCGGGCCCCCAGUGACCCGCGGCCUCCCGACCCUGGAUCCACCCCGACCCCACACCUCGCUGUGCAGAUUCCCAGGAAUAAAUCUGUGCUGUCACCUCUG